UCAGUUUACUAACAUGGCAGCUGUGAAGAGUCCGAUGGUGGAUCAAGAUGGAACUUUUGGUCGGUUGCACAGAGAUAUCCUCAUGUCUUCACGCCGUACAGGACUGAAGUCAAACGAAGAGGUUGACUGGAAAGAGAGGGAUCCCAAACCUAUACCUGUCACAGUGCGACGACAGAGCUCGACUUUCAAGCGGUUCGCACUUGCCAACCAGUUGCAAGAAAGCGAUGUAAAGACAUCUGUCUCCCUGGCACCCAGCAAGGUACUGGACACUGACACGGGUCUGCAGCUCUCCAUGAAAGCUAACAGUAUACUUGGGGGCAGCACCUGGACUCAGAACCUUGAGAAGGAGUUCGUGAAACUGGACGCAAAAUCAUCAAACGUUACAGCAGGAGAAGAGGAAGGAGCCCCAACAGUUUUGAGCGGGUCUGAAGAACCAAGAGAACAAUCGGUGUUCCACCUGACUGAAACGGAGAAAUACAUCCUGAAACAAAUCAUGAACAUGACCCAUGAUAGGGCGGGUCUUCAGGCCCACCGAAAGCUGGCAGAAACCCAUUUAGUCAGAGUGCAGACCCACAUGGAAGAGGCGCAGCCGAGUGAGAUUGCGCAGGGAGGCUACAUACAUCUUCCUGAUAGAACUAAGAUGAAGAGACAUUACAUGAAGAAACUUGGGAGGAAAGCUACAAAGACGGAAGUGCAGGUCCCUAAAGAAUGCUGUACCAUGUUGGGAAACGUUGCGAAGUACGAUCCAGCUCGCCGGAGACACGAUUUAAAGAAUACGAUAAUUCCCCUGAUCCCUGGCUCACUUCCUAACCCAGAGUUCAGAUUUCGCCACGUGUUUGUUGUCGACAUGGCCUAUAUGGAGAAAAACAAGGUAGACCUGACAAACGACAGAGUGCCAGUGUUCUCCGCAGCUCAUCCUGGUGACAAAUAUCUUUUCUCUAAAGAGAUUUCAGAAGAAAUCAAGGCUAGGAGUAAAAGAUUACUUGCUGCUAUCAGGAUUGCGUUCAAUAAUAGAUUGUACUGGAAAGAUGUAUUAAAGGGAAAAUCAAAACCUACGGCAGUGUUAGAGGACACAGAAAACGAAGAAGUAUACAAAAGAGAAUGUGAACAGUUCAUCUCCAACCCCCUUUCUUGCAGGUCUAUGAUGUAUUAUGUGGACGUGUACGACCCUACCCAAGAGUACGAUUGUCCUUCUCAGGGUUAUGUCGGUGUCCUGGAAACCUCUCCCAGAUUACUAGCUGUUCAAGAGGGAGAAAAGUUCAAAGAGCGGCUGAUGUCGCACAUCUGCAACGACGGAUCCCUCUUUGAGACCUGCCUCUCUCUCCCCCGUCUGUGGAGACACAACUUCUACAACAGUACAGCUGGUUCCGACGGUGUACUGGACAGGGCUCCCUCGGUAAUCGUGCUUCCGCUUGAUUUCGGGCUGGCGGGGGGUGUGGUGAAGUCCAAGCAGACUGAUCGUUUACGGUACCUGGAGGGACGGUACAUGAAGUAUUUUGGGGGAGUCAGUCCUGUAACGUUGAACAUGAAGAAUCCUGUUUACAGUACUUGAGCGCCGCUUGUUUUGUAUUAAGUGAGAUAGUUUUUGAAAUAUUUGUAUGUUGAAAAGUUCACAAAGAAUUAUGUGGAUGUAUUGUGUUUUUCCGCACGGGUGUGAUAUAUUUGGUAUGAGAGGGUCGAUAUAUUUGUGUGACUGAUGGGACAGUCACGUGAUGGUUUUUUAUAUCUUCUAGUUCUAAUAUCAUUUGAAAACUCGGUCAUGAGAUUUCUACGUUGAUAAACAUAUCAAAGAAAAUAUACAUAUUAUAUGAUUUGUUGCUAUUUGAGUAGGUGUAAUGUGUAUGAAAUUUAAUAGUGUUUAUAAUUGUUACACAGAACAUAAGGCUAUAUUUAUAAUUAAAUCUGAUUUGUUCAUUUUCAAAAUAUGACCAUAAUAUUUGAUCAAAAAGCUUUAUAAAUUACAAUCCGAUCAUGUUCACUAAUACUCUAAUAUAAGUUAAUUUAUAAGCAAUGGGGUCCCGAAUUAAAAGUGGAAACAUUUUCUUUUUAAGCGAACAUUAUAUUUAUAGUGAUGAAACCGAAUAAUGACAUAAUUUGCAGGCAUUGUCAGAACUUAGUAAGUGUAAAAGUAGAUGUAGCCAAAUUUGUAUUUGAAUUGUAAUUGUGUAAUAACGUUUCUUAAUAUAAUUUGAUUUACACAUGAAAGUUCCCCCCUA